CCCAUCUCCUAAAAUGAUGCACUUACGCCAGAUUCCUCGCCUUACUCAUAUUUAUUCUAUCACACGAUACUCAUAUCUACCUGCACGGCCUGUAUUCGCCUCAUUCAGGGAUUACUCAGACUCAAGCUCCAAUAGCACGAACACGAACUCAGUCAGUGGCGAUUCUCAAAAGUCAGGUGAUAAGACUUCGGAAGCGCCAAAGCCCAAAAGGAAGACGCAAGCGGAGCUUGAUGCGGAACUUAUGGAAAAACUGCAAGGGCUUGACAGCGAGGGAGGAGCAGCCGGUGUUGAGUAUGAAGAUGGAAAGCCUGCUUCUAUGAAGAGAAGUGUGCGAAACAACAUGUUCAGAUACAUAUGAUGCACAUAAUUAUGCCACUUUGGUGUCAUCCCAUGAGAGUUUUCUUUGUCCUACCUACCGCCUGAUAACGCUAUUGUACUUCUGGCCUUCUCCCCGUUGACGAAUACACCACAAAGUACCUGGCUAUAUCUUGAUAGUCACCAAAUAUAUACCUGAUGUACAAUAAAAUAAAUCAUCCUUUUUGUUAGACUAUAACAUAGCUCAAGUAUUUCUACCUGUAUUAACGUAGC